AUGUCUCCCCGGGACGUAGACGCCGUUGACUCCGACGGCUUCGUCAUGGUGAACCCGACACAGCCAACUGCGGCUCGCCACGAGAACGGAUUUGCUAACGACGACGACUUCGUCAUGGUGGAAUACCCUAGUGACGACCCCACGCAUGACAGUGACUCCACGGUUACGCUGUCUCUUUCUGAAGCUGCCGCGCGCGAGCAAACCGAGAUCGAAGCGGGGGCGUACAAAGUCCCGUUCGGGAGUCCGCCCUACGCCUUGGUCUUGUCGCGCGUCCAGUGCACCUUCCUGGGCCAUGCCGUUAACAGCCCGCCAGCUACGGCGAACCCGAGACGUCCUCACGUGUCCCGCAGUGGACUAGACGCUGCCCGAAGGCAGCGCCCGCAGAGCGGCCGAUCAGUAUACGACCCCAUUACUAAUCUACGGAUGCGCCUGCCGAAACCCCAACCGGAGCUGGAUCCGCGGCGGACGGCGACAAACAGCAUGCUGCGACUCGCGUCCUCGAAGGCGCUCCACACGCUGCCCCUAUCGCUCAAGCGGAUGCAGCGCGUGAUGCACCUGUUCCUUCCGCCCCAAGGACCACUCCUCGAGUGCCGACCCGGUCAACAACCCGACGCCGGUCGUCUUCUACCGACCUGGACGGUGACGAACCUCCGCGAGAUCGUGGCGAUGGCGAAUGCGGCCAUCGCCUACAUCAACUGGAAAGAGGCUCGCACGACCAAGAAGGAAGGGAUGCCCGACGAGAAGGGCCUGUACCUCUUCGAGCUAGAUCUACCAGCUCGCAUGGUGCUGGAGAAGCUGAUGGUCCCUCACCCGGAACUCUACAAGUCGUGGGGCAGGGCCUGUAAGUUUGGAAUCGCGAAGCGGUCGAUACGGGUGCGGUCCAACACGCCCCUCUCCAAGAAGGACGUCGGGCGAGUCAUGCGCCGCGACCUGAUCUUCAUGGAGGCAAUUGCUGGACCGUUCACCGAUCUCGAGCUCACGGCCAUGGAGUCUAGAAACGUCUUCCACGCCGACAACUUCGACGUGAUUCGCGACGCCUUCGACAAGGUCUUCAAUGAGGCUCGUGCACACGAGUACACUCGCGUCUACGAGGAGUGCGUCGCGGAGAGAGAUCUGGCGCGUGAUCGACGCGAACAAGCGUGUCUAGCGCAACUGUCUGACGAAGAACAGUCACACGCUCGCAGAACGGCAGAGGCCGCGCAAGCACUCCACAUCGAGCAAGCGGCAAGUAGCGUCGAGAACCUCCGCCGCGAUGUCGACGAGCUGCGUCGCGAUCUCGCAGCCACGACCCCAACAACCGCCGAGAUUCAAGCAUCGAUCACGACGCUCGGUGAAGGCAUUCACGAGGACAUGCGUCGCCUGACAGCGAGCUUGAUGGCUCGCUUCCGCCGCCACCAACGAGAGGAGAGAGUGAUGUACGUCUAG